CGAGGGAGGAUAAGGCAGACGUGACAAAGUUAUUUACAGCCGACUUUUUCCUGCAGAAAUGGACAAACUACAGGACGGGAAUGUCAGCGUGCCUAACGGCACCUUGAACAGACGCUCGUUUCUGGAGAAAGGCGCGUAUCAGCACCUGCAGCAGGGCGACCUGAAGGUGCUGGUGCCGGUUGGGCUGGGCGUCAUCUCCGUGCUCGGCUUCAUUGCAAACGCCACCGCGGUGGGAGUGCUGGUGGGCAACGCGCGCAAAAGCAAGCUCUCUCUGAUCAACGCGCUCAUCCUCAACCUCCUGCUGGCUGACGGGCUGCUGCUGGCUUUCGCCGUGCCGUUUAAAGCCACGGCGUACUCCCGCGAAGGCUGGACUCUGGGCUUAGUCGUGUGCAAAACGUGCGACUGGUUCGUGCAUUCCUGCAUGGCGGCGAAGAGCCUCACGGUGGCCAUCAUGGCGAAUGCAUGCUACAGGUAUGUGAGCAACCCGACCAAGCAAGUCACGAUCCGCCUCAAGACCAUCGUGGUGGUUCUCCUCUUCACGUGGCUGUUGGCCUGCGCCCUCCCUCUGCCGCACUGGCUCUUCAUGUCGCUGCAGAAGGAAGACGGUGCAGAAAGACUGCUGUGCGUGUUCGAGGUGCCACCAGAAGCACGCAAGUUUAUGUCCUUUUAUGUGAAGGCGUACCCUCUGGUGGCCUUUUGCGCACCGCUUAGCCUCGCGCUGCUUUACUUCUGGCGCGCGUACGGCCGAUCCCAACGCCGCUGCAGCAAGACGCAGAACCUGCGAGCACAGAUCCGGACGCGCAAGCUCACCCUGAUGCUGUUCGGCCUGACCGUGGCUAUGGCCACCAUGUGGCUGCCUCAGUGGGUAGCGUGGGUGUGGAUGAGACACGCAGAAGACAGCGACGGCCCAGUGCCUCCUGUGCUCUUCGCUGUGGCCGCACAGUGCGUCAUGUUUGCCAUCUCGCUAGCCAACCCGCUCAUAGUGCUCGCGCUGUCCGAGGAGUUCCGCGAGGGCUACAAGGGCCUGUGGCGGCGUCUCACGCUGCGCAAACACGCUCCCAAGCAGCAACCGAAACCCGGGCCGCACGCGCCCACUGCGCCCAGGUCACCCACCCCGCGACCCGAGGCUUUCGCACACCUUCCUCCGAGGAUUACCGACGAGUCCCGACCCGACAAGCAGCAGGAGGAGCAGCAGCAGCAGCAGGAGGAGGAGGAAAGUUCCGGUAACGUCAAUAAAGAUGGCAUAGUGCUGCCUGAUGUGGAGCAGUUCUGGCACGAGCGCGAGAGUGGCUCCAUGUCUCACGAGAACGACCCCAUACCCUGGGAGCAUCAGGACCCCAAAGAGGGCAAGCAGUAGCUUUUAAACACUACCCGAAAAGCCACACACACACACACAGCCAACUCUCACAAUCACAACAGGAGGCUCAGCAGCUACAACCAAGUGACCUCACGCGAACUUGACAUACAGGCCAAAUCACAGAAUUGGACAUACAGAGCACUAUAUAGGGUGAAAUCAAUAUUUCAUACCUUAUACAAUGCAUUUAUGUACACGCUAGAGAUAAAGGUUCCACCAGCAAACUUCAAAACAAAAGCUUCUUAUUGAUAGAGUUCCUUUCAUGUUUCAGACCAUGAAGGUUCCACCAGUGAGACAACAUGAAGAUCCCCCAAAAAAUCAUCCUACCAGUACCAUGUGUGGACUAGAUUUAUUAAACUCGUUAUUUUAUUGUGAAAAAUCACUUGAGAAUGGUUUGGUUUGUUGGUUAAGAGUG